AUGCCUUCAGUGACCCAUGCCGAUGGAAACCUCUACUCUCCGCCGGUAUUUAAGGGCCACCAUUCAGAAAAUGCGACGUCCGAUGCACCAGAAUCACACCACCCUUUCUACGCGCCUAACCAACACUAUUCAACUCUUCCGUCGCUUCAUAUCCGCACAGAUAUUGCAGUCACAGCUCCGAUGGAUGCGUCCAAGGAUAACGAUGUUUUCCUAAACCAGAACCUUUCUCCGGGCAGUAUUCCGCAACGGACGCCGAGCUUGCGCGCGGUACUCGCCAAUUUAACCCCAAAGGAAGGACUCUCUCCGGCAUCUAUAUCCUCUCCUCAACUGGUGGCCAUGGGCGAUAUCACUCCUCUGCCGUCGCCUAUUGGAGGCAUGAGCUGGAGAUAUCCCCGACGUGGCUCCCAGUCUCUAUCUCGAACACCCUCCACAAUGUCGAGGAACGGAUCAAGCCUCAGCUUGCGACUUAGUGACUCUUCACAGAUGCUGGGCCCGUUUGAGUCUCGUUCGCGCAACAAGCCAUACCCGGGAUUAGGACGGACCGAUGAGAAUCCCUCAGAUACACCGAGUACAGGUCGGACUGAGACAGCACCUAGGCAUACCCGCAAUCGCAGUCUCAGCGAAUAUGUGCCUCCCGUUCGAGGAAUACCCGUUCAGCCACGUCCAAUUGUGGUAUCAGGAGCGGGCGGACCGCAGCGAAUUACAGCAUCGCUGAGUACCGAUUCCAAAUCAAACAAUCUGCACCGCGAGGAAUACUUGGGCAUUCAGAGAGGCAUCGCGCUGCCAACCACCCGUCCUCCCACUCCGCCACGGAGCAGAGGCUCUGAAAGCGCCCAAGACGAGCCCGUAAUUAUCCACGCGCCGUCGGCUGAUGCCUCGGAUGAGAUCUAUGCCGUGCGCUCGAUUCGGACCAACCAGUCGCGGAAGUAUCGCAAGCUGCGUGACUUGGGUCAGGGCACCUUUAGUCAGGUUGCCCUAGCGGUGCGCGUGGAAAAUUUCGAAAACAGUGAAGCUUACAACGGGUCUGUCAUAGACGGCCCCGCACACACAACCCAGAAGUUGGUUGCCGUCAAGAUCAUCGAAUACGGCCCAGCCGGCGGGGCUGAUGAAGAGCGGCUGGAGGUCUCGCUCAAGCGAGAAGUAGAAAUCCUCAAAUCCGUCAACCAUCCUUCUCUCGUGCAACUCAAAGCGUUUGGAAGCGACGAGAAGCGUGCGCUUCUGGUCCUGGAUUACUGUCCUGGAGGGGACCUUUUCGACGUUGCUUCGUCUGCGGUGAAGCCUAUGACCCCUCAACUUAUUCGACGGAUAUUUGCAGAGCUUGUGGAUGCUGUGCGUUAUUUGCAUGGAAUGUACAUCGUGCAUCGGGACAUUAAGCUGGAGAACGUCCUUGUUACGCUGCCCAUUGAUGCUCUGCAGAAAGUCGGCGAUUGGCGCACCUACGACCGAGCCAUUGUCACAUUGAGCGACCUCGGUCUCUCGAGGCGCAUCCCCGAACCCCCCGAAAGCCCUAUGCUUCAGACGCGCUGCGGAAGCGAAGACUACGCGGCACCGGAGAUAUUGAUGGGACAGCCCUAUGACGGACGAUCAACCGAUGCAUGGGCGCUCGGAGUGCUUCUCUACGCUAUGAUGGAGAAUCGGUUGCCCUUUGAUGCUUUGCCUGGCGCUCGGGGCGAUCCCGCGAAGCUCCGAGCCCGCACUCCUCAUCGUAUCGCGCGGUGCGAGUGGUCCUGGUACCGAUAUGCCGACAAGGAUGGCGAAUGGGAUCCCGUGAAAGGCCAGGAUCUGGAAGGGGCGCGCGAAUGUGUUGAGGGUCUACUCAAGCGCCACACGAGACGGAUGGGUCUGGACGAGAUCGCAUCUAGGGAGUGGGUCAAGGAUGCGAUCGACGUCCCCGGUGGACUGAAGCGCGGUGACAAGGAAGUCCCAUAG